AUGAAUUCUAUAGAAGUUGAAUCAAAAACGACGUCUGUUCCAGAAGAAGCCGAUAAAACAGAAUAUUGGGUAUUCGGAUAUGGUUCACUAGUUUGGAAACCGCCACCAGCAUAUAAUAAAAAGGUACCAGGAUAUAUUAAAGGACAUGUUCGGAGGUUUUGGCAGGCAUGUACUUUCAAUUAUCAAAACCAACGAAGUACGGACCAUCGAGGAACUAUAGAAAAACCUGGUCGAGUUGUUACAUUGAUCCCUAUUGAAGAGUGGAAAUUACUUGACGAUUUUCACGAUCAUAAAGAGGACGAUGUUACUUGGGGUAUUGCCUACAAAAUUAGCGAGGAAGACAUUAAGGAAAUGAUGGACUAUUUGGAUUAUCGAGAGAAGAAUGGAUACACUAUACAUUAUUUGGAUGUGUAUCAGCUUGGAAGUGGAGAACCCAUUGUAAAGAAUGCGAUGGUAUAUAUUGGCACAACCAAAAAUGAAGAAUACGUCGGACCAGCUCCUCUUAAUUCCUUGGCUUUACAAAUAUGUGAAUGUCCGAGCGGUUCCAAUCGAGAAUAUUUAUUUAAACUUGCAUCUGCGCUUAGAGAAAUAGCACCAGACGCAUAUGAUGGUCAUUUAUUUGAUCUUGAGGAAAGAGUCAAAAACAUGAUUAAAAAAUCAGAAACAUCAUAG